AUGUCUAAAAAAUACGAAGGACCUCCACCAGCUUAUGGUUCGGAUGCUCCCAUUCAAACUUUCGCACCCAUCGCUCCUCAAGCAGCUUACAUACAGCCUUCUCCAUCACCUCAAACUCAAAAUCUGCAACAGCAACAGCAACAGCAACAGCAACCACAACGAUACCAACAACCGUAUCCUCUGCCAGGUCAGCAACAUCCUCAACAAGGGCAACAAUACCCUCAACAAGGUCAGCAAUAUCCUCCUCAAGGUCAACAAUACCCUCAACAAGGAUAUCCACCACAAGGAGGAUAUUAUGCUCCAGGUCCGCAAAUGGGAUAUCAGCAACAAAAUCCUCCUUAUGGAUACCAACAACAACCUUAUGGAUACCAGCAGCAGGGAUAUGGACAACAACAGAGAGGUUCUAAUAAGGAGGGUUUCUUAACAGCCUGUCUGGGUGGAUUGGCUUGUUGUUGUUGUUUGGAUUUGUUAUUUUAG